AUGGCAUGGCUGGCCGAUGUAAGUGGAGACAGCAAGCUGGCCUUGGAGCUGUUCUUCGGCAUGGCUCGGGAGGACGAUCCGGACGAGAGAACGUUUGUUGCUGCGCUUUCAGCGUCCGAGCCACCUGUUCCAUUUGUCGGGAGCAGCUUGGUGGACAUGUAUGCCAAGUGUGGAGAUAUGGUGAAAGCUCGAGCAGUUUUCAAACGCAUGCCUAGCCGGGACGUUGUCGUUUGGACGAGCUUGAUACAGGGAUAUAUAGACAACGGCGUGGGCUGGAAGACGAUCAAGUUGUGGGGAGUAAACUUCUACAGGAAGUGCGGAGUUAUGAGUGCGGCCGAGCACUUGUUUGGAUCUCUGGCAGUCCGAGAUAUCGUCGCCUGGAAUGCACUGAUCACGGGAUUCGGCCAACAGGGUGACAUGUCGCGCGUGUUCGAAGCCUUUCGCGAGAUGCGAGAAGAUGGCGUGCGAGCAAACGCAAUCACAUUUGUCUCGGUCAUCACUGCUUGCAGCCACGGCGGCCUAGUUGAACGAGGCAGGGAGUUUUUCCAGGCAAUGGACCCGGACUCUGGCAUUGUUUGCGGGAUUCAUCACUACAGCAGCUUGGUGGAUCUCUUAACCGACUGGAAGAGGCCGUGA